UGUUCCUGCUGCCGGUGAGACGCUCAGUGACGCGCGGCGUGUUGCAGGAGGCGGCCUUGUGCUCACUAUGGCUCUCAGUGCGAUUAAUCCGCUAGCCGUUGCUAUUGUAGUUUUCCUGUUUUCUUGCAAUCUUGACCCAACGAAUGCCUAUCCAGAUGGAAGAGUAACAGAAGUAUGUGAUUCAAUGCAGCCAAGACACGGACGUCAACCUCAAGAUGAACCUCAGCAUAAUAUUACGGUGGAUAAAACCGUGUUUAAGCCAGGAGAGCGCAUCAAAGUAACUCUGUCUGGGACCAGGUUCACCGGGUUUUUAGUUCAAGCACGCAAUGCAGAUAACUUAGAUGGCAAUGCAGUUGGCUCGUUUUCUUUGAUUGAUGGAGAUAUUUCUCAACUCCUGACUUGUGGGAAUGUCGAGGAUUCGGCUGUGAGCCAUACUAAUAAAAAAAGAAAAGAACAGGUGGCAUUUUAUUGGAUCGCUCCAAUUGAUGGAUCACCAGUACAUGUCCAAUUUCUAGCUUCUGUGGUUGAAAAAUACAAAAUCUAUUGGGUGAAAAUUAAAGGUCCUAUUUUAUCUCAAGCAAAUGCACCUCAUUUCACAUCUAGCCAGCCUGGUAGCCAAAUGUUAACAGAGAAACAGUCAUCCUCUCUAACUACACGGUUUUCCUCCUCUGACUGUGGUCGUAACAAGUUCUGUAUAAGAGACCCAUCCUCAUGUAAACCAGAGAAGAUGCAUCAGUGCUUCUUUCUGUCCUUCACUAAAGAAAAUCAAUCGGUGUUGGUGGAGAUGAGUGGACCAGGGGAAGGUUAUAUUUCGUUUGCCCUGUCCCAUGAUCAGUGGAUGAGGGAUGAUGAUGCCUAUCUGUGCGUGAAGGAUGAUCAAGAAGUUCAAAUCAAUCCUGCGCAUAUCAAAGGGCGCACACACCCCGAGAUGGCAUCUCCGGACCUUCUCCAAGACCGGGCGUGGAGGUUGGAAGAUGGAGUAAUUCAGUGCUCAUUCCGUAGACCCAUCAAGAUGCCUUCUUCUCCAGAGAGGUUUGACCUGAAUGGCAACUAUUACAUAUUUCUAGCAGAUGGUGAUGCCAGUGAUGGAAUUAUUUCAAGACAUCUCCGACAACCUCUGAUAACCAGUAGAAUGUACAAUGUAACUGGCUCUCCGGAGAAUAUUGGGGGAUCUCGCUCCCCACUUCUUGUCAAAUUUCAUGGUGCCUUGAUGUUCAUGGCAUGGAUGACCACUGUCAGCAUUGGUGUAAUCGUUGCACGCUUUUUUAAACCCGUCUGGCCAAAUUCAUCAUUGUUUGGUCAGCAGGUUUGGUUCCAGGUUCACCGGAUUCUCAUGGUAACCACAGUGAUCCUAACGUGUGUAGCUUUUGUUCUUCCCUUUUUGUACAGAGGACAUUGGAGCAAUAGAGCUGGCUACCACCCAUACUUGGGUUGCGUUGUUAUGGCUUUGACAAUACUUCAGCCUGUGAUGGCUAUUUUCAGACCCCCACCUCACGCUUCCAGGAGGCACAUAUUUAACUGGAUGCACUGGGGCAGCGGCACUACUGCUAGGAUAUUUGCAGUGGCUGCAAUGUUCCUGGGGAUGGAUUUGCAAGCUUUGGACCUUCCUAAUCCCUGGGACACAUACACAAUGGUAGGAUUUAUCCUAUGGCACGUCUUCACCGAUCUCCUGCUUGAAAUCCAUGCUUUCUGUUUAUUACGGACAGGUGUUGGUCAGAUGCAACAGUCAGGAGCUCUCAUUAAAACCAAUGUGUUUGGACUGAUCAUUUUAUAUGUCUCCCUGAUGCGGAAGGUAGAGAAGAGGCCUGGAGAUUUUAGCAAGUUGGCAGAAGAUCAAGUUGGAAUCCUGAAUACCUCGCACUUUGAGAAUGAGGGCCACACCUUUAAGAAGAUUGUCCUGACAAUUUACAUUUGUGGAAACUUUGCCUUUCUGAUCACAUUCCUUGCAGCAAUCUACCAGAUUUAAGAAAAAAAGGCUUGAGAAUGAUGCCGCCUUCUCGCUGCUGUAGACAUUUGGUUCAGCAAACUGGCUGUGCGUUUCGCCUUCUCAAUGAUUCCUAUACUACACGCUUGAGUGGAUAUCAAGAUUUCAGUGUAUGACUACGAGCAGACAGAAUAGAACUUUCCAAAUUGCACGACUUCUGUACGGCAAAUUUUUUAACUUUUUUCAAAAUCUACAUUCAGAAAGAGCUGGGAUUCUUGCAAUCAAGAUAUUUGUCACUUCAAUUCUUCUCAGGAAUUCUUAAAUGAUUCGCACGAGUUCUUAUAACAAUCCUUUUAUGCCUUUUUGAUUAAUACUUUUGUUUCAUAGUGUGUGCACGGGGCUACAAUAAUUCAGUAAAAAUUUCAGAAAGCAAAGAAGCUUGGAAACGGAAUAAUACGUUGUGCUGUCAUAACUGUGCUGCUUCCUAACCAAUUUGUGACCGAUG